CAGACACAGUAUCCUCACAGCCAGACAUACGCUUCUUGCUUUGUGUCAGGGGGUGGGUGGGUGACGGUCCCUUCUAGGGUUGACCUGUGGUGUGUAGUCCACCCCCCAUUUUCCUAACUAACCACAGGAGACUGCAGGAGAGAGGACAGGAGGAGAGAGAGGAGAAUCAAGCUCUUGCUUUCCUACUUGGAGUUUCUCUCCUGAGCCCAUCACCCAUAAUCCAUCACUCCCUUUCACUCCAAUUUGCUCCACUGGCUCCUAUACCCAUGGCAACCCCUCCCGCAGAUACAGGGCCUCCCCCUGAGGUUCAAACUUCUCCAGAGCCCACAGACCCGGUCUGCACUACAACCGUGGUGGUGGUAGAGGAGCCAGAAGCUGCGCAGGAAGCUACUGGAUCAGAGGCUGAGCCAUCUGUUACCAUCCAAUCAAAAUCCUCAUCUCUGAAUGACCUGAAGGCCCAGCCAGCUGCCAAUGGAGGACCACGGCCCCCUAGCCCGACCGGCUCAGAAGGACGGCUCGCUCAGGCCGCCUCCAAUUCUCCCAGGCCAAGCCUGUGUCGUCAAGCUUCUACAGCCACUGCCAGUGCCAUUGAGGCAGAAAAGCCAAAAGACUACCUCCUCAUUGCCAUCUUGUCUUGCUUCUGCCCAAUGUGGCCAGUCAACAUUGUUGGCUUUGUGUAUUCCAUCAUGUCGCGUAACAGCCUUCAACAGGGUGAUGUGGAUGGAGCCCUCAGGCUGGGGCGUGUGGCCAAGCUCUUAAGCAUUGUGGCGCUGGUCGGUGGAAUCCUGAUCAUCACUGUGUCCUGUGUCAUCAAUUUUGGAAUCUUGUGAAUUACUGCCGACUAAGACCCCUCUACGGACAUCACGGGGCGAGGGGACCCCAAAUUUUACAAAGAACCCUUCACAUUCCCAUGAGACACCAGCCAGCAACGAGAGAGAGAGAGAGAGAGAGAGAGAGCCAGGAGUGACAGAGUGUGACUGAGUUCCCUGGUGUGUUUGUGUGUGUGCCUUUAUCAUAGACUGAGUGAGUCUGCGUGUCUCCUCAUCCCAUGUCUCAUAUACGCAAAUAAAGCCUGUACUGUUAAUAAUGACAGGAAAUAAAAGCACAUACAACCACACACUACAAUACACACACACAAUGCAACACUCAUGUACAGACUACAGAGACACACAACUUCUAUCUGUAACGGUGCAGAGGUGACCCCUAGUGGUCACUGUAUGUAUAGCAAGUGCAUGCGAAAUAGCAAAGCACUGUCCUAUUAACUCCUCCUCUGCUGCAGCAUACAGCACAGCAGAGCAUCACACCCUAACACUACCAUCUCCACAAAGACCUGCAACUCAUGGCUUCACUAAUUACCUUCACUCGCCCAUCCGCCACUAACCUUCCGUGCAGGUUGACAGAUUAUUAUUUAACCCCCUCCCUUCCUACAUGCUGGCUGAUCAGACUGAAACCUAGGUGCCGUUUGGUGCAGAGACCGGAUUCUGCAGAGCAUCUCACCCUGAUCAUAGCCCCUCUCCGGGCCACCCCUCCGACCAAUUUAUAUGUCUUAUAUCUGAUGACUGUUAUCUGUAAUGCACAUCUAUGGUUCUGCAUGCCGCCUGGUUUACAUGCACGCAGGGGUGGGUAAUCCGUUCCUCUUUCCCCUCCUCCCUCUGCCCUGGAGGAACCUAGAGGAGGAGACAGAGGGAGGGAGAUUUAACACGAGUUGAAAUUAUUUUAGUAGAGAGAGACUGUUGUCGUUUUAUUGCUCUUUAUCCAACUUCCAUCCUCUAGCUGGGGUAGCGGGGUCAUGCUAGGACUUGUAGUCCCACAGCCUUCGGUUGUUCCAUGCCCAAGCAGCAUAUAAUGACGCCUAUUACCAUGACAACAGAUUUUUUUUAAAUAAAUAACAGAUAGAAUUAACCAUUAAAAGAUCUGAUUCAAACGGUGAUUGCAAGCCUUUAGGACAAGGAUCCAAUUUUCAGGGUUUAUUUAUUUUAUAUCUGCAAUGUCUAUGGAAUGUGUCCUUAACGCCACCACUUAUAAACUAUACAGUGUAUGCACAUAAUAUUUAACCUGGUUCCUGCACUGUCCCGAUCAGCUACCUCCGCUGAGGCCUGGAAAUAUGGCUGCCCCCUCCACCUAGUGCGAGCGGUUACAAGACGACAAGAAUUUAAGAAUUAUACUGUAUUCGUCUGCCCUAUAUUUUAACAUAUUGAAGAUAUACUGGAUAAUAACCAUCCUCAAAAUAAAGUUAUCAGGGAUCUGGGAACAUAAAUCUGUUUACAAGAAAAGAACUAAUAUUCCCUGUUAGUUCUUCAUCCAAAUAAAACUGCCCAUUUGGGACCUUACGACGGCCCAGAGUUAUCACACGUAUGCUGCAUAAUAAAUCCAUUUAUAGUCAUUUUUAUAUUACUUCUAUAUAUUUACCGGUACUGCGAUAUAAAGAAGUUAGGGCAUAGGUCAAGGUAUCCAAUCAGAGCUGGCCGCGGGUGACCCCAUACAGCCGUCUCUCUCUGCUGCCUCUAUACUUUAUAUAACUUGUUAUGGGUGGGGAUUUGGGUGUUGAGAAUGUAUUUUUAUUACACCAUGUACUUGCAGGAAAAAUGACUAGUAACAAGGAGCAUGUCUCGUUAACCAGCGAUGUUUGUAUAUUCUGCACUUUUUUGUAUGAACUGAGCAUGAAAUAAAAUAUUUAUGCAUGAAA